AUGAAAAAAGAGAAGAAAAAAAAACCAAGACCUCAAGGUAUCCCAAAAACCAAAGGUCAACGAUUACAGCGAAUGCAUGACUAUUUCGCCUCUCGGUGGCACGCAGUUAAAAGGUCAUUGGUUGCACUACAUUUAAGAAAAGUUGAAGAUUGGUAA